UCGCCAGCUCCGAGGCAGAAAGUGCCACGACUCCACACGCGCGCACGCAGCCAGCUAGCGGCCGGAGCGGACGGCGGACGGGGCGGGCGGCGUCGGGGUCGCGGUGUCUGCAGCUGCUCUGGGGUGGCUUUUCGGCGGAGGCUCGGCCGGCUUCUCUCUCCCGGUUCCGCGGCGGCGACGCGGCUUCUGCCCUCACGCUCUCCCUCCCGCUUCUCAGGCUGCAGGUGAACGGAAAAUAAGCCAGAAUGGACAUUUACGACACUCAAACCUUGGGGGUUGUGGUCUUUGGUGGAUUUAUGGUUGUUUCUGCCAUUGGCAUCUUCCUGGUGUCAACCUUCUCCAUGAAGGAGACGUCAUAUGAAGAAGCUCUAGCCAACCAGCGCAAGGAGAUGGCGAAAACUUAUCACCAGAAAGUAGAGAAGAAAAAGAAGGAGAAAACAAUAGAGAAGAAAGGAAAGACCAAGAAAAAGGAUGAGAAACCCAACGGGAAGAUACCUGACCAUGAGCCAGCCCCAAACAUGACCAUCCUCCUCAAAGACCCAGUACGGGCACCUGCAAUGGCUGUGGCUCCAACCCCGGUCCAUCCCUCUGUGGUCAUUACCCCUAUAGCCACGGUACCAGCCAUGCCCCAAGAGAAACUGGCCUCCUCCCCUAAGGACAAAAAGAAGAAAGAGAAAAAAGUAGCAAAAGUGGAACCAGCAGUCAGUUCUGUAGUGAAUUCUAUCCAGGUUCUUGCCUCAAAGGCUGCCAUCUUGGAAACUGCUCCUAAGGAGGGCAAAAAGGCAGAUAUGGUUCAGAGCCAGGAGGCACCAAAGCAAGAGGCUCCUGCAAAGAAGAAGUCUGGUUCAAAGAAGAAAGGUGAGCCUGGGUCCCUGGACACAGACAGUCCUCUCUGCCUCCCCUACAAGACGCUGGUCUCCACGGUUGGAAGCAUGGUGUUCAACGAGGGUGAAGCCCAGCGGCUAAUUGAGAUCCUGUCUGAGAAGGCUGGUGUCAUUCAGGACACCUGGCAUAAGGCCACUCAGAAGGGCGACCCUGUGGCGAUUCUGAAACGCCAGCUGGAAGAGAAGGAAAAGCUGCUGGCCACAGAGCAGGAAGACGCGGCUGUUGCCAAGAGCAAACUGAGGGAACUCAAUAAGGAGUUGGCGGCAGAAAAGGCAAAGGCAGCAGCUGGGGAGGCCAAGGUGAAAAAGCAGCUGGUGGCCAAGGAUCAGGAGAUGACAGCUGUGCAGGCCCGAAUGCAGGCCAGCUACCGGGAUCACAUGAAGGAGGUGCAAGAGCUACAGGGCAAGGUCCGGACACUUCAGGAACAGCUGGAGAAUGGCCCCAACACACAGCUGGCCCGCCUGCAGCAGGAGAACUCCAUCCUGAGGGACGCCUUGAACCAAGCCACGAGCCAGGUGGAAAGCAAGCAAAACGCGGAGCUGGCCAAGCUCCGGCAGGAGCUCAGCAAGGUGAGCAAGGAGCUGGUGGAGAAGUCAGAGACGGCACGGCAAGAGGAGCAGCAGCGGAAGGCUCUGGAGGCCAAAGCAACUGCCUUUGAGAAGCAGGUCUUGCAGCUGCAGGCGUCUCACAAGGAGAGUGAGGAGGCCCUGCAGAAGCGCCUGGACGAGGUCAGCCGGGAGCUCUGCCGCUCGCAGACCAGCCACGCCAGUCUCCGGGCAGAUGCUGAGAAGGCCCAGCAGCAGCAGCAGCAGUUGGCCGAGCUGCACAGCAAAUUACAGUCCUCCGAGGCGGAGGUGAAGAGCAAGUGCGAGGAGCUGAGUGGUCUACACGGGCAGCUCAAGGAGUCCAGGGCAGAAAAUUCACAGCUCACAGAGAGAAUCCGGUCCAUCGAAGCCCUGCUGGAGGCAGGCCAGGCCCGGGAUGCCCGGGAUGCCCAGGCCAGCCAAGUGGAGGCCGACCAGCAGCAGGCACGCCUCAAGGAAUUGGAGUCCCAGGUAUCAUGUCUGGAAAAGGAGGCCACCAACCUCAAGGAGGCGGUUGAGCAGCAGAAAGUGAAGAACAAUGACCUCCGGGAGAAGAACUGGAAGGCGAUGGAGGCCCUGGCCUCAGCCGAGAGAGCCUUCGAAGAGAAGCUGCGCUCCCUGACCCAGGCCAAGGAGGAAUCCGAAAAGCAGCUCACGCUGACUGAGGCACAGACCAAGGAGGCGCUGCUGGCUCUGCUCCCAGCACUUUCCAACUCAGCACACCAGAAUUAUGCCGAGUGGCUCCAAGAACUCAAAGAGAAAGGCCCAGAACUGCUGAAGCAGCCGCCAGUGAACACAGAGCUGCCCUCGGACCUGGCCUCCAAGCUGAGGGAGGCUGAGGAGACCCAGAGCAGCCUGCAGGCCGAGUGUGACCAGUACCGCACCAUCUUGGCAGAGACAGAGGGUAUGCUCAGACACCUGCAGAAGAGUGUGGAGGAGGAGGAGCAGGUGUGGAAGGCCAGAGUCAGCACCACGGAGGAGGAGCUCCAAAAGUCACAGGUCACAGUGAAACAUCUUGAAGAGAUUGUAGAGAAGCUAAAAGGAGAACUUGAAAGUUCAGAUCAGGUGAGGGAGCACACCUCGCAUCUGGAGGCAGAGCUGGAGAAGCACAUGGCAGCCGCUAGCGCUGAGUGCCAGAGCUACGCGCAGGAGGUGGCGGGGUUGAGGCAACUUUUAUUAGAAUCUCAAUCUCAGCUGGAUGCAGCCAAGAGUGAAGCCCAGAAACAGAGCAAUGAGCUUGCCCUGGUCAGGCAGCAGUUGAGUGAGAUGAAGAGCCACGUAGAGGAUGGUGACGUAGCUGGGUCUCCAAAGGCCCCCCCAGCAGAGCAGGACCCUGUCGAGCUGAAGACGCAGUUGGAGCGGACAGAAGCCAUCCUGGAGGAUGAGCAGACGCAGCGGCAGAAGCUCACAGCCGAGUUUGAGGAGGCUCAGAAUGCAGCGUGCCGGCUACAGGAGGAAUUGGAGAAGCUCCGUGCCAGCGCCUUGGACUCAGCAGAAGCAGAGGCAGCCACACAGUUGAAGGAGAGACUAGAAAAAGAGAAGAAGUUAACGAGUGACCUGGGACGUGCAGCCACCAAAUUACAGGGGCUUUUGAAGACGUCCCAGGAGCAGCUGGCAAAGGAGAAAGAGACAGUGAAGAAGUUGCAGGAGCAGCUGGAUAAAUCAGACGACGGUAGCAGCUCAAAGGAGGGCACCUCUGUCUGAGUCUCCUCUGUGGAAAAAGAAGUUACUGUUCAACUUACCAAAAUGCCUUAUACAUUCCUUACAAAUACACAAACCAACACAGCGUUAUCCAGGCCCAACUCCAGUGGCUCUGAGAGAAGCCAUUAGAGACAGUCUCUUAGAACCACAGAAGUAGAUCUUCCAGACCAGACCCCCUGUUUGUAAAAGAACCCGUCACAUUCGAUAAACACUAUUCCCCAGGAUCAGCCCUGGACCACCACAGAGCAGACACCAAAGCCCUUAUCAGCUGUGACAGACCCCGGGUGUGUGCUGGGGAGGCCGGGACCUCUGGCUGUCUGUAUGUCGAGAUCAGUGCAAUUGUUUUGUCUUUCAAUGGGUCGGGGGCCGGGAGUCGGGCAGACCAGGUGUUGAGUCUCAAAGGCUGUGGCACAGACUGGAGGGGCCCGGCCCAGCCCAGCAAGGCAGCAGCCCCUCACCCCUGGAAGAAGUUGCCAACCAGAACUGAUACGUGACCUCCUGGAUGUUAUAUCAUUAAAACCAACAUUGUCGCCCGGCA